AUGGCAGGCCUGCGAGCAGCCAUCGCAAGCGCGGCAGACUCGAUACUGGGAGAUCUAGAACUUCAGCGAUCAGCGCAUUCGGGGCUCGGCGCGAGCGACGUGCAAGCUGCUGUUGACGCUCAUUGGAACAUCUCUGGCACAGACGAAGCAAGUGAGGGCUGGCGCAAGGAGGCCCAGGCUGUCAUCAUCGAGAGAGCCUUCACGUCUCGGGCAAAUUCGCUCGCACUCGAGGCAGAUGAGAAGCGGCCGGCAAGCCUGUCUGCGCUCUACGAUAUGCUCGAUGUAGUGCUAUACCUCAGUCAGAAGGGGGCCUGCGAUGACAGCUUGGCAAUCUCGCUCUUUGAGAUGAUCACGGACGCGCAGACCAUCACCGUCGCCGAAAGCCUCUUUGAGUUCCUCGAAAGCAGGCGGGAGAUCAUCAUCAAGGGACUUCUGCCAGGUAGAGGCAAAGGUCUCAUAUUGCUGCGAACCUGCAACGCGCUCCUCAAGCGUGCCUCGAAAUUCGUUCACACCGUGUUCUGCGGUCGCAUACUCAUCUUCCUAGCAAUCGUUUUCCCGCUGUGCGAGCGUAGUGGUGUCAAUGUCGCCUCUUCUUUCAAUACUGACAAUGUCACUAUACUAGACGAAUCAGACGUAGGACAGCCAGAUACAACCGCGCGCUUGGCCGAUGCGUCUCUCACGGGCGACGCCUUGGCAUUAUCGGAUGAUUCCAAGAGUCUAGAUACAAAGCAGAACAAUGCAGCAGCAGGCGAAGCCAAAAUGAAAGAUCUAUACGAACGAUUUUGGCGCUUACAGCAACGCUUCUGUGAUCCUCGAACCCUCUUUACGAACGUCUCGAGCGCAGGCAGCAAGAGCAAUCUCGACAUACUGAAGGAAGAUAUCGAGCUCACAUUGACUACUUUCGCCGAGGCGAUAGCGAAAGAGGCUAGCUUCGGCUCCAAGAAGACUCGUCGUGAUGUUAGAAGCAGGCAAGAUAUGGACCAAGAAGAAAGCUUGGCCGAAGUCGAAGCAAAUUACUUCUUUCCAAAAUACCUCACGAAGCGUAAUUUGCUUCCGCUGGAGCUUGCGGACACUGUCUUCCGGCGACAGAUCCUUGUGCAGAUACUGGUUGUCUUUCAGUAUCUGUUGAGCUUCACUGUCAGCGAACGAGCCAAAGUCAAAGCACGUGCAGCGACGGGCAAGCCGCUCAAGCUGCCGCAUAACCUGAACGAAGCCGAGGAAGCCUGGACAGUCAGCACACGCAUCAGGGUCGUAGAGAUGCUCAGAUCAACUGGGCCUUCUGGCGUUGCCUUCUGGCGCACAGUCUCACUCAUACUGACCCGCGAAGAGAAUUGGGCAUCUUGGAAGCUCAACAACUGUGUUGACUUUGAGCAGCCUCCGCUGGCGGACGACGCUGCUACAGUCGCUACGAGCAAGCUGCGUGAGCGUACCAAGAUUGCUCGGCCAUACAUGCACAAGGUCGGAAAUGCGACCCUUAGUCGGCUAUGGGCUAGCAAAGGCGCAGACCUGGCCAACGUCGUUGCGGCGGACAAAGCGGGGGAGCUUGAUCGGUUCACAGCGGAAUUUGGCGCGAUGAAGCGGAAAGCAGAGGAAACUGCUGAGAACACAGAGCUGGACGCUGCAGCUAAGGCAGCGCAGAUCGAUGAGGCCAAGGAGGCCCAAAAUGCUUUCUCUUGGCGCGGUCUACGGCUGGUGGCGAGCAGCAAUCUCAGUUUAUUUGACAAGAUCGCAAGCGGCGCGACGCUGGUCGACAUUGUCGAGGCUAUCCGCAAUCCGCCCGCAACACCAGCCAGCUCAAGAGCGAAAAAGCCCAAGCUAGCGACCGAUGCGGCCUCGACGCCAUCUGCAGGGGGGACCUCGCCUCUCGAGUCAUCUCAGGUCUCUAUGGCGCAAGAUGCAGCGCCCGCUGCUUGA